AUGGUACAAUAUCGCGGAAUCAGCAUUAGCAUGAUCUCGCAGCAUACUGUCCGCAAACUUCCCGAGUACAGGCGUUUCAUCUCAGUUGAUCCAUCCAGCAUCGGCGGGCCUUCAGUUCCAUCUGAGAAAGACUCUAGCGUCUCCUGCUACGUUCCGUCCUCUCCUGGUACUCAAAUCUGGUUUGACUACUCGAUUGAGAAUCCUCAUCCCCCUAAUGCGCAGUAUUACUUCAAGUUGCUCCACAACGGCAAGGGCUUUACCAGCUGGGACUGCACUGCAAAGCACGACUAUCAAGGCAGAACAGCAUUCGGUCUUAAAUACCUUGGCACCCACCCUCAGACUGGCCUGCCAGUGAUCGAGCGUCAGGCUUUCCGUUUCUCUGACCACCCUCCCAGUCAAGUUGGUCCGUUUGACGACUGCGUUGAACUCAGGGUUCAUCGUAUUGACCACCGCGAGCGACUUCCGCUCGACGCUGCCAACAUUGCCACAGAUGAGGCUUUGGUCGGAGAGGACAAAUACCAGGAUGGACUCCGUCUUGUCAAUGGCGGCCUUCUAGGUCCUAAUGAUCCCAAACGUCGCUAUAAAUACCAACUCCUCGACCCGGUCGAUAAACCAUACGCCAUCAUCAGGCUCUACUAUCGCCCUCUCGAAUAUCUGAGAGCAAUGGGAGUGGUUGCACCUUCUAGCCGCCACUCUCGUCAGACAUCUACGGCUUCUGAUCCAUCCUGCACAUCCUCUGAAUCCAUGUCUGGGUCUCGUGCUGCUAGCAUAGCUUCCUCAACUCGAUCACCUGCACGAUCGGAAUCAUCUACUCGCAGUGGCUCUUCCCGAAGCGGCACUCCACCAACCGACUCCGUCACAGCUUGGCUCCGUCAUCAUCGCUUGCAAAAAUACAUUUCCAUUCUUGCUACGUUGAGCUUUGACACCCUCGUGACAUUAUCUGACGAUGAUCUUGCACGUCUUGGCGUUGCAGCGAAGGGCUCACGAGCAAAAUUGCUUCGUGAACUUGAGAUCUACCAACAGCAGCACCACAAAGAAGCCGGGAAAACAGCUCAGGAAGAAGGGAAGGAGAAAGAGAAUGCCACCAUCAACCGGGCGCCAAAGCCAGCUCGGUCUUGUCUUUCGAAACCUGGGAGGGAGACAGAUAAUGAUUCAAUCAGUCCGGCAGCCGAGGCAGUUUUGUCAUCUUCUUCCAAAUCCUCAAAGAAGGCUCGACCAUCUCUCACGGUACAGAUUAAUGGCGUAGAAUUUGACCUCGAGAAGGAGAAGAAGAGGAGACCAUUGAGCCCAUUCACACCUGGUGGCAGACUGCGACGUCUCCUUAGUCCCCUGCCUCCUAGCGCACCAGCACGCAUCACUGCCUUUGGGCCCACUAUUGAUGAUGAAGUGAAUGAAAUGUUGGCAGAAAUGGAGUCUGGCGGCCAGGGAAGCAACGAAAGAGUUGGCAAUCGGAGGACGACACGAGCAGAGCGUGGUGGUGGUAUGCUGAGCCGGAUCUUGGGCAAGAGAAUUAGCAGGGGUUGA